ACGCUACACUCACUCGCUAUCGAGCGGCCGGUGUGAUUGUGAAAAUCUUAGGGUCUCGCUCCGACCACACACACACACACACAUACACAGGUUACACGUAGUUCGGUCCUAUAACUCUACCCAGGGAUUUAAGGUUCUGUGUGCUUGUUGUCUGUGCAUCUUCCACCAUGGUACUUCUUGCACCCUUCCAGAAGGAGAAACUGGAAUAUUUUUUCAACUUUUUCGAUUCCAAUGGCGACAGUUUUAUCGAACACGACGAUUUGCAUGGAUUUAUGAAGAGAAUUGUGGACUACACCCAAUGGAGUACCAACUCCCCCGCCUAUCACGAGAUGUUUGGCGUGCACGAGGCUUUCUUCGAGAUUUUGAUGGAGAAAACAGAACACAAAAGAGUUGACCUUGAUGAUUGGCUGAAACUGUGGUCAAAGUUGAUUCAUGGGAGUAUGGGGAUGCAGAACUUUCCUGUGUGGCUUAGACUCCUACCAAAGUCCUUGUUCAGGAUCAUUGAUAGAGACGAGGAUGGUAUUAUAAGGGAGGAUGAGUUGGCGGAUUUCUACACAAAAUUCGUUAAACUGGAGAGUCAGGAGGCUAAAGUGGUGGCCAAAACCGCACACGAUACCAUGACAGACUACGGCAGGUACCCACUGGAUCUGGCUGGUUAUGAGCAGAUCUUUGCCAACUUCCUGUUGGGGAAAACUCCGUACGGACCGGGUAGGUUUAUCUUCGGCUGUUUCGAGCAUAGUCCCCAUCACACCAAAUUCAAGCUCAUCCGGGGAACUGACGACGACGAAGAGGAAAUCAAGAUCAACGUCGAGAAGAAAGGUCGUCGUGGGUCAACGGAAGCCGUCAGGCUAAGGUUAAAGAAAGUGUAAAAAUACCCCCCCCCCCCCCCCCCCCCCCCGAAAAAAAAUAAAAUAUUAAAAAAGAGGUAACAAAUUUGCUCAUUAUUUUUCAGGUAUGCUUUUUUUUUCUCUGCAAAAAGUGUCAAUCUACUAGUAUUCCUUUUUUUGAGCUCCAUAUCAUCUGCAUUUUGUUAAUGUACUUAUUUGUUUUCAAAUUGUUUUGCUAUGUUUUAAUUGUUAUGAAGGUUUGUGAACUAACAAUGAAUGUAGGCAGGCUUACUUUUUUUCAUUUUUUUUUGUCAAUAUCAUUGUACACCUAUUAAACAAAAUUAAUUUACGUAUUAUUUGGUCUGGUUUACUCUGUUACUUGUAUUUCCAUUUUGUUUAAUUAAAUAUUCUGAUGGGAAUAAGAACACUAGGGUUAUUUCGAUUUAAUAUAUCGAAGCAAAUGAGUGGUUGAAAUAAAACUAGCGGUUUAAAAGAAAUACGUUUAUAUAAGAAAUAUAUUAUCUUUGAUUAAUUGGUUCUAUUCUGUUUAAAUAUUGCAAUUUACAGACUGAUGUUUAAAUUAAUUGAAGCUCAAGUAUUGAUUUUUAUCUUGUUAUUAAUUUUUUUUAAAAUAAUGUUUUAAUAUCAAAAUUGUAUGCGUUUUGUCUAUUUCUUUGCCGCCAGUCAGCUCCUAAAUCAAGCAUUCACUUACUUCUAUAUGAACGUGUUUGAUGAAAUAUGGAAUAGAUAAUUAAAAUUGUAAAUUUUUACUCCCAUAUUUGCAAUUGCAACUUUUCGGGCAUUUACGACAGAGCUCGGAAAAAAUUCCGAGCUCUGCCGGAAAGGCCCGAGAAGUUCCGAUUGUGAUCUUUUGGUCAAUUUGACAACAAACAAUCGAUUCCAAAAAGUCCCGCCAUGCAGUGCUGUCUUACUUCCUCUGUCUGAUUACCGAGAAGUUUUCCAAUACAAUUUAUUUCAUUUCCGAGAAAUUUUUGAAUAAAUUACUUGUUAUUUAAGAUAUUUAAAAA